AUGAGGGGGUCAGGAGUGAUUGAGGGUGGCCUGGAUCACGAUAGGAAAUACGUGGUUGUAGAUAUGAUGAGUGGUGAUGUGAUUGUGCGUUCUUCAUCCAUCAUUGAGAAAAGGCGCAGAACCGAAGUGUGUGGGGAGUCGAGUGAUGAAGAUGUGCAAGUCGCAGACACGGAGACUGGUUGUCUGUGGUUGGAGUUCUCAACUGGCAAAGACCUCUACACUCUCAGGUGUUCUCUCAUUUGGAAUGGUAUGAGACUUCAUCUCACAAGGAAAUGUGAAGGACUCCGCGUGGGCACUUACUGUCGAACAUGUUUUGUGAGGUUUAAUCAAGGUUAUUGUGACUCCAAAGGUGACCCUGUUUGCUAUCCAGGUUACUACGGUGACGAGUGCCAAUGGGAGAGAGAGUGUUACAAUGUGACUUGUGCUUCAUUCGCGUCAUGUGGUAGAGUGGACAAACACUAUGCCUGUGUGUGCGACGGUGUUUCAGGUAAAAGGUGUGAAGAAGGCUUCGAUCCUUGUGCAGAGCAUGUCUGUUUGCAUGGGGGAACGUGCGUGCCCAUUGGCGAACACAUGAAUUUCGCGAAAUGUGUGAAUUGUCGUGGGAGAAGAGGUGGACUUCACUGUGAGGAAAAGUUGAAUGCUUGCGAAUAUGAAGAAUCUCAACUGGGACAUCCGCCUUGUACGAAUGGGGGCCACUGUGUUGUCAGCCCAUUUAACGAGACACAAUUUACUUGCCUNUCGAAGCUGAAUGAUGACAACGACGAGUAUGAAUACGAUUCAAUUUUUGAGCAGUUGAAGUGUUCUUCUACAAAAGAAGUCCCGGAAAUUGCAGAGGAAGAGGAUAACUAUGAACCUAUUAAUUCUACCUAUGAUGGUGCACUGAAAUCCGGUGAGGCCAUAUGUGCAGUUAGUAAUGAAUAUGAUGAGGAUGCUGAGGAUGAUGGUCACUUGGAUAUGACCUUGAAACGACCACUGCCAUCAGCUGCUCCACCUCCAGCGCCACCGCCAGAUGGAGAUGACUAUGAAUUCCUAUGCGAAAACGGGCCUAGCUACAAGUUCUCCAGUUCAUAUCUCACUCCCUUGACAGUUAUCACGGACUGGAUGAACCAAUUGUCAAAUGAAGCCGAAAUGCAAGUUUCUCAACAUGAAGUCUCCUUGACACAGGAAGGGAGCAUUGGAAACUCUUUCCUCAAGAAUCCAAGAAGUACGCUUCCUCCAAGAAAUAAGCCCUUUGGUGCUUCCUUCUGCAUAAAUGGAAUAUCUGCUACCCAUAAAAACUAUGAAGAUUGCACUCACUUCCUGGGAGGCGCAUGA